AUGGAAGAUUCGGAUACCGUUGAUGGAUUGCCGGAGGAGAAUAUGAUCUCAUUUUUGAGAAGAGAAACACUUCAGCUGAUAUGCGAUAUAUUGGACACGGAUAAUACUUGGGAAACUAUCGCACCGUACAUGCCAGGAAUCCAAAUGCGUGAUGUGGAUGGGUGUAGAAGAUUCGCUAGUUAUAAUCAGAGUCCAACAAAGAUGCUUUUGAGAAUAUGGUGCUCAAAAGGAUACAACGCAACGCAUCUUUAUCAACUUUUUGCGAAAACAAAGCUAAUCAGACUGAUGCGGUUAAUGAGAAGUGAAGUGGACGAAAAGUAUCAUUGCUUAGAAACGAAAAUACUGAAUCCUGCGCGGAGAUUCAGGCCAAAUAUACCUCCACCUGGGUCACAAAGCGCUUCUCGAUCGAAGAAAACUGAAACAAAUGAACCCUCGCCAGCACCUACACAAUCUUCAUCAUCUUUUACGAAUGAUCCUUUGCGUGUUGCUAUUGAAGGUACACUUCCCGUCACUUAUUUAGAACUGUUAGAAGCGACCAAUGGAUUUGCUGCAAGUAAUGUUAUUGGAAAAGGUGGAUACGGAACCGUCUAUAAAGGAGAAAUCAAAGCAACUGGAGGAAUGGUUGCUGUGAAACGAAUUCUCGCUGGUAAUGAUUCGUCGGCACAUGGUUCCAAAGUGGAAAAAGAACGACUGAGACAGAGUUUAACAGAAUUGAGAACAUUGGCUCGUUUUAGACAUGACAAUAUUUUACCAAUCUAUGCAUAUUCACUAGAAGGUCCAGAACCAUGCUUAGUUUAUCAAUUUAUGGCCAAUGGAUCUUUGGAAGAUAGGAUAUUAUGUAGAAAAGGAACUACUCCUUUGACCUGGAUACAAAGAAAAGAGAUCAGUAUAGGAGCUGCUCGUGGAAUUCUCUUUCUACAUUCUUUUGCAAAAACUCAUAUUAUUCACGGAGAUGUUAAAACUGCAAAUAUCUUAUUGGAUAAGCAUAUGGAACCAAAACUUGGAGAUUUCGGAUUGAGUCGUGAUGGACAAGUUGAAGCAGAAGCGACUGAGAAAUGUCCACUUAUCGCCUCUCAUAUUAAAGGGACACUCGCUUAUUUGGCCCCGGAGUUCAUCACAUCGAAGAUUUUAACUACGAAACUCGAUGUGUACAGUUAUGGAAUUGUUCUUUUGGAAAUCGCAUCGGGCCAGCGGGCCUACUCGGAUUCUCGUGAAACACGUGGUCUUGUCGAGUACUGUCAGUUCAAUAAAGAACUGGCAGCACGUCAGAAUACUCGGUUGCGAGAGUUUUUGAUAGACAAGAGAGCUCCACCACUGGCCAACGAAGCUGAAGAACUAUUUCUAGAAACUUUGAUUGAAGUAGGACUUGCAGGAGCUUACAGUGACAGAAGACUUCGACCUUCAAUGGCUCAAAUUGUAGAAUAUCUAUCUGGAAACGCGUCAAUUAAUGACUUCGUGCUGCCAACAGUUUCCUGGGAGCCGUCAAACUUCAUAAAAAUUUCCGCUCCACAAAGAAUGGAUGUUCCGGUAAUCCUACAAGUUUCAAAUGACUGUUCUGCUUACAAGCAUGCUCGUUUGAAGUUUCGUUUGAAAGCAGUUGCACCGAACAAUUAUGAAACAAUAAUGGAAGGGAUCGGAACUACGCAACCAGCAGUUUUUGUUUUGAGCAAGAUUUUGGAUAUUGCUGAAGGAACAAUUUCUGGUGCGAUAUCCAACUUCUUGAUUCAUUGUUCAAUUCAAAAGCAAAUCAUUCUUCCACCUCAUUUCUUCAUCUGUCGGGACGAUUUUCGCAUAUUUCCACAAGAGCAAGAAUCGCAAUUAAAAGCGCAUAUCAAUCGCCUCAGUAGAUUAAGAAGUGAUGGACAAAAGACAUCAAUUCUUCCGAUCGGUCACAAAGGAGCUGGAAAAUCUAAUUUGAUGCGGAAUUUAGUGAAUCGAUGCCUUUCAAAUGGCUAUGAUCACGUGUAUGUCUUGGAUUGUGAUAUUGGACAAAGUGAAUUCACUCCGAGUGGAUGUCUUUCACUGACAAAAGUCACAUCUCCAAUUUUAGACAAACCAUACGGUCAUCAGAAAAAAACAUUCGAGAACUCAUAUUUCUACGGAGACAAUACGGUUACAAAGUUACCGCUUUAUUUGGAUAUUUUUGAAAGACUUUUCAACAAAUUCAAACUUAUCAGUGAACCAGGAUCCGUAUGCAUUAUUAAUUCGAUGGGAUGGGUUGUGGAUGUAGGUGCUGAAAUUCUGGAUUCUAUCACAAAAGUAGCUGAACCCGAUUUGUUCAUCGAGAUUUUCAGAGAUCAAACUGAAUAUCGCUAUAAUUUCCUGGAACAAGUGGACCGUAACAAUGUUAUAGAAAUAUUCGCAAAUAACUCAUUGGGAGUUAUUGGUCUUCCCAAUCAAAAAAGACUUCCAGCUGCUCUAAUUCGUGAUUUAACAGUUGCUGGAUACUUCUCAUCUCUUCUUCCUCGUCCAACGAUUGCCAGCUUCUCCACAGUUGCUCCAUAUAAAUUGAAGUUUCAAAAUGUGACAAUUUGUGUUCCCGUUGAUUUACUUGUCGAAGACUCCCAUAUUUUCUCGUCCAUCAACACUCAACUCGUCGCUCUUUGUGUCAAAAACAUCGAUUUAAAAACUCGAAAAUUAUGUGGGAAAGCAGAUAUGCCGUUAAUCAGCGUUGUUGAUGAGAACUCUCCUUCACUUCAAUGUUUUGGAUUCGGGAUUAUUCGUGGUGUCAAUGUAGAGGAAAGAUCAGUUUACGUUGUGACUCCAGUUGAUUUGUUGAAGUUGGAAGAACCUCCUCUUCUAGUUCGGGGAAUGCGGAUUCAAACACCAUCAAUGUUCUUUACUGCUGACCCUUACAAUCGAUGCCCGUAUGUUCUCAAUCUAACGGAAGACGUCACCGAAAAAAGUCUGGAAGGUCUAUAUCAACCAGCUGUGAAUACAACACAGUUUAAAAGAAGCAGAAGGUUCUAA